CCAGGGCAGCAGGUUCUUGGCUUGGUGGAGAACCAGAGUGAUUGGUAUUUGGGUAACCUUUGGAAGAAUCAUCGGCCCUGGCCCGCGCUUGGGAGGGGCUACAACACAGGUGUUAUCUUGCUGCUUCUCGAUAAGUUACGGAAGAUGAAAUGGGAGCAGAUGUGGAGACUCACGGCAGAGCGGGAGUUAAUGAGUAUGCUGUCCACUUCACUGGCUGACCAGGAUAUCUUCAAUGCAGUCAUCAAACAAAAUCCCUUCCUUGUCUACCAGCUCCCAUGUUUCUGGAACGUGCAGCUGUCUGAUCACACGCGUUCCGAGCAGUGCUACAGAGAUGUCUCUGACCUGAAG